ACCUUUUGACUCAAAACCAUCGACUUCAAUCCUCAAAUUCACAACUUGAUACGAGUCCACCUGAUCAAUGGCUGGCGCAUCCGAUGACGAAGGAGGAGGCACCCAAAAGGAUCCGGUGAUUCAAUGGACUGACUCGCGAUCGAAGUGGUUGUUAGAAGAAGUUAUCAGGCAGAUCGAGCUGGGUCGUGGAACCGACAGCGCUGGCUGGAACAAUGAGACUCAACAUGUUGAUAUGAGUCCGGACCAGUGGAAGACUUAUAUCGAUGCACAUUCAGAUGUGAAACAAUUUGAAAAACGAGCAUUUCCGUUUCUCGAGCUCAUGGGAUCGUUCAUGGGAAAAGAGCAUCAAGGUCUUCCCAGCAACAUAAUCGGAACUGGUGCUCCGAUUCCUUCUCCACCUUCAAACCAACACGAACCAGCUGACGACGAGGAGAUGUCUGACCCAGAACAAGGUGGAGUUUCAGUUGAUGCACAAUCACCUCAAUCACCUCCAGACUGA